AUGUGGGUCAGGCGACUACGGCUUGCGACUCGAAGUGAUCAACCUGGCGACAUUGAGGAAUUUCCAGAGGAUGCAUUGAUGCCUCACACGACGCGUUCACAGUGGGAUCUAGCACCUCAGGUCCAAAAUUCAAAGACGUAUGUAAUCGUUCGCAUCCGUGCUGAUGGUCCUACAAAGGUGCUGGAGUUGUUCGAAGGUGGGGAGGAGGAUUUUGAUGAGAAAGAGACCAAGUACGAGUUGUCAAGUACGGCAUCGGCGUCGUCUGAUUCUCCAUUAGCUAGUGAGGCUUCUACUGGCGCUUUUGGGUCACUCACGUCUGGUGUGGCACUUCGUCUGCGUGUGGACGGAAUUGGUGUCUCGUGUGUAAACGAAUUUCCGAUGGAGCUAGUGUAUAUCUACUUGGGUGGUAUCAACCUUCAGUAUUCGCGCCUGAAUUCGAAUAUGUGUAUGAACGUCACGUUAGACGAUCUGCAGAUCGAUAAUCAGAGCGAAGAAGCGACUUUCUCGAAAUUGCUCUGCCCCCGUUUAGGAAACAACGCCGCAGCCACACCCACUCCUACUCAACGAAGAUCUGUUGGUGAUAUCAAUGCAGGAUUUGCCGAGAUGGUUAGUCGAGGGACAAAAGGAGUUGACUACGGGGAACAUGAAAACACUGGCCUGAUCUUGAGCCAGAAUAUCUUCAGUUGCGCUGACUGCAAGUACCACCAGACGAAUAUUGCUGCAAUGCAUUUCUGCUGUACGUGGUCCAACGAACAAGGCAACACCGAUUAUUUUAAGCAUUGCUCGUUCUGGUUACACCCAGUCGUCACUCAAUUGGAUGAAGACCUUUUGGUGUCAGCUCGAGCAUUUGUAGAGACGAUGUCAAGGUCGUGGGGACAGAACCGGUCACAGAACCGUAGGGGUGAGAUUCGCGCGAAGACGAUUCCCAUUGAAAUGAUGCUAGAAUCUCUGACGGAGUAUCGGGAGAAUACUCGCAGUGAUGAGCUAGAUCCAUUGAAGAGUCUGGAGUCGUACACUACGUUAUCGUCCUCGAAGACGCGAAAAGUGUACUUUGCUCUCUUGCACAUACACCCCGUGGACAUCGACAUCACGUUUCGCAGCGAUGUAUUCCAGGGAAAUGCGGCAUCUAGUUUGCAUGAAAGGGCUAGUUCGAAGAUGUCCAAGAUUGGGGGCAGUUUUGCCGACGAAAGGAAGCGCUCUAGCUCAGCGUCAUCUGCAUGUGGGGAAAGUAGCUGUGACGACUCAUCGUCAAUGACUUGGGCAUUCCCUAGCCUGACGAUGCAUGUGCCUGAUCUCGAUAACGCCCCUGUGCGCCUGAACGCAUUGAUGAUUGAACAUGCCUUUGGAACGAGUGGUGACCUUACUCGCCGGGUGUCGAAGUAUUAUACCCGCCAGUUGUGGAAACAGCUCCACAAGAUUUUGGGGUCAUUUGACUUUUUAGGAAACCCUGUCGGUUUUCUAGAUCACAUUGGUACAGGAGUGCGUGACUUUGUCUAUGAACCCCUGGAAGGGCUGAAAAUAGGUGGUAAGGGCUUCAGCAAAGGGUUGGCAAAAGGCACGGCUAGUCUGAUGUCAAACACGGUGGAUGGUACGUUCGACGCAGCAAGCAAGAUCUCGGGUACUUUUGGACAAGGAUUUGCAAACUUGAGCCUUGACGAUCGCUACCAACAGAAUCGUGCCCGCGCUCGUCGCCACCACGUUCGUGGGCUACGUGAAGGGCUGGUGCAAGGCUCACGAGAACUUAGCCUUGGUGUGUACGAGGGUGUUGCUGGCCUCAUGUUAAACCCUAUGCGAGGUGCGCAUGAGAGCGGCGCCAUAGGCUUUGUGCGUGGCACAAUUACUGGCAUCAUUGGUCUUCCCGUCAAGCCUGUGGCAGGCCUCUUUGAUUUUGCAUCGCGCACCACUCAAGGUGUGCGCAACCGCUCACUGCAGAACGGACAAAAUAUGGGACGGGUUCGGCGACCGCGUGUAUUCGGACGCUACAACGAGCUUAAAUGCUACAAGGAAGCUGAUGCAAUUGCCUAUGAACUUCUUAAGCGGGUCGGUGGUGAUCGGCUGUCCAGCGAGAAGAUUGUAUUUUACAAUGAAAUCUUGCAGUCUGUGCGUGCUGCAGAUCUCACGCGUGAAGCUCGAGAUCGACGGCAUAGUGGUGGGGCUGGAAACGGCAAGUCGAUGAGCAACAAUAAUUCAACCCGCGGACGGACGAAUUCACUACGACGAACCCUGCAAGAGAGCGCAGGAAAACGACGUGCUGCUGGUGAGCCUCCAAAUGAAAAUACAAGCGAGGUCGGCGGACGCAAACUUCGGUAUGAGGUAGUGUUUCACCAGAAAAAGCUGGGGAUGGAUCUCGAGACAGAUUUCUACGGUGAGAAUGUGACCAUCAAAGCGAUGGAUGAGGCGGCUCGGUCGAAAGUCAAGGUCUCUAGCCUAGUAGCUCCUCGACAAAAGGUGUUGCAGGAAGGAGACUGUCUUAUUGGUGUAGGCGGCGUGGACGUACGUAACAUCGGCUUUCACGAGACGCUGGCAUUACUGCGUGGCACGGCUCGACCUAUCACCGUUCAAUUUGAAAGUGCAGAAGAGCUGAUGGAGGACAUUACUUCGUUCGAGCCUGGUCACCAGGAUAGUGGAGGAGUUGAAGUUGGAGCGACAAGCAAGGCGCGGUUGCGCCGGCUAUCGUUAGCUGACUCGGAAGUAGAGAACGAAACGGACGAGUUAACUCAGAAGAUCAGGGUUCAGCUAACGCACUGGCUAAUCGUGACGGAGCAGCGCGUGCUCUACAUCAACGUGGGGUCGUACACCAAUCCUGUGGUAGAAUGGAUGACACCUUUGCGAUACAUCUGCCGUGUCGAACGGCAGAAAAGUGCAGCGCAGAUACUCCUCCAUCUGAGUGUUGGUGUGGACAGUCUACCAAUGGGUCCGCGUUUGCGGCCGUUGCUCAAGACAAUUGACAAUCACGCGCGAGACAUGAACGUGUUCUUGGAUGUCAUGUGGCACAGCUUUGGCUCAGUGACUGCUGAAGAGCAGGAACUCUGGCCUUCUGACACGAGUCUCAACGGCUACUUGCUAAAGAAGGGCGGGUUCUCCACAGUGCGUCGCUGGUUCGUCCUGAGCCGCAACUGCCUCUACUAUUUUUCCAAUCGCAAGCAGCUGCGCGGUAUCAUCCCACUUGGCGAUGUGCGGCUUGAGACGGAUGCGGGUGAUGCCCGCUGCCUGCGCAUCAAGAACGCCACUCGGUCGCAGCCACUGAUUACACUGCAGCUGGAUAGCGGUCAAGUCGUGGAGCGUGUACAGAGUGAAGUGGUGCUAGUGGCUUCUUCAACGCAGGAGCUCGAGAUGUGGCAGUCGUCAAUUGCCCAUGCAGCUGGCAAAGGCAUGCGCCAUUCGCGAGGGACGCGAUUCUUUGUGCCAACUGCUGCCUCUCGACUCGAAGUUGGCACACGCGAGACUCCCGAUUUCGUCGUCCAACCGCUUGUUGAAGCUCUCACAAAGACGGUCGAGGUGUUCAACCCACGGUCGCGCUAG